CUCACACAUCAUGUUACAGUAUGAAGAAACCGAUUCUCGCUCUGGAGAAAAAGCAGAAGAAAAGGAAGAUUCAUCUGAAAAUGAUGAUGUAGAAAAGGAAAAUUUGUACACUACCUACUUUGUCGAUAAGAUUUCUGUUCCUCAUGAUGAUGACGAAGAAAUUGAAAACUGCGGGCCGAGUUGUUGUGAAAUCGAUAUGCCACCUUUUAGUUGGAAGAGAAUGUGGGCUUUUACUGGACCCGGAUUUCUUAUGAGCAUCGCCUAUUUGGACCCUGGGAACAUUGAGUCGGACUUGCGAUCAGCUUCCGUAGCAGGAUUUCAGCUUCUCACAAUGUUGUUCACUGCGACAAUUAUGGGUUGGUUGAUGCAAAGGCUUGCAGCUCGAUUGGGAGUGGUCACUGGAAUGCAUUUAGCAGAAGUUUGCAACAAGCAAUAUAGAAAAAUUCCGAGGCUGAUAUUAUGGAUCAUGGUAGAAAUUGCCAUAAUAGGAGCUGAUAUGCAAGAAGUUAUAGGAUCGGCGAUAGCGUUUGUUCUUUUGUCAGGAGGUCUGAUUCCACUUUGGGGCGGGGUACUCAUUACAACAUUCGACGCAUUUGUUUUUCUGAUGUUGGACAAAUACGGCUUACGAAAACUAGAAGCCUUGUUUGCUUUUCUUAUCUCAGUUAUGGCUAUUACGUUUGGAUAUGAAUAUAUUGUAGUGGCGCCUGAUCAAAAAGAGGUGAUAAUCGGUCUAUUCUCACCCGUAUGUAAAGAUUGCGGUCCAGAAGUGUUGCUUCAAGCCGUUGGUAUUAUCGGUUGCGUCAUCAUGCCGCAUAAUAUUUAUCUCCAUUCUGCACUCGUGAAAUCCCGCGAUAUCGAUAGAAACAAACCUCGUAUGGUUAAUGAAGCAAAUUUUUAUUAUUUGGUCGAGUCGGGAAUUGCAUUAACAAUAUCUUUCACGAUAAACCUUUUUGUUGUUUCUGUUUUCGCCGAAGCCUUCUACGGAGUUACUAAUUCGGAAUUGAAUGCGACUUGUGCAAAUACAUCGAUUCCCAAUAGCGAAGGCGCGUUUCCGUAUGAUGAGACUACAGCAAAUCAAACAGCCCAUACGGACUUAUUUAAAGGUGGUAUAUUUCUAGGGUGCUUUUAUGGACCGGCAGCAUAUUACAUUUGGGCAGUUGGCCUUCUGGCGGCAGGUCAGAGUUCAACAAUGACCGGAACUUAUUCCGGACAGUUUGUUAUGGAAGGAUUUUUGGACCUUAGAUGGUCAAGAUUCAAAAGAAUUCUCUUGACUAGGUCAAUUGCAAUUGGUCCCACUCUGCUUCUUGCUAUAUUUACAGAUAUUUACAGCAUUACUGGGGUUAAUGAUUUGUUGAAUGUACUACAAAGUCUUCAACUACCAUUUGCUUUGAUACCAAUUCUGCAUUUUACAUCGUCAACAGACGUUAUGGGUAACUACAAGAAUUCUCGAAUAUGGUUUGCUAUUGGCACGAUGAUAUCUGUAAUGGUAAUAGGUAUCAACAUAUAUUUUGUGAUUGUAUACGUUGGCAAACUUCCCCACCCCGGCUGGUACGCCUUGGUAGCGGUAGUUGGCAUUGCCUAUCUUAGUUUUGUGUCAUAUCUUGUUGUACAAUUAUUAUCAGGAAUAUUUGGAAUUUGGAAAUGUGAAGGAAAAAACAAAUACAGCUUGGAAAUGCAUACAAAGAAAAACGUUUCUACGUAUGCUAAUGAACAGUACUUUUGUAAAGAACCUUCAUUGGAUUUAACAGAAAUGGACGUGGGGGGAUUUAAUAAUUCAGGUUUUGAUAGCGAUGUGUACAAAAAAGAAUAAUGAAAUGAUCUGUAACAUAAUGUCUUGAUUAGAUUGACUCACUAUCAACAAAACCAAGACUGAUUAUUAUUCUCAUAAAAACGAUAUUUUCUGACUGGACUACAUACUGGCGGAGAUUAUGUAAAAAUGCCGUGCGGGGACAUGAUGUCCGAUUCCCCGUGAAAACACUUUACUAUUUAACAGAACUUAAUCUCAGCAUAGUCCGUUUCCUCAAUUCAUCAUAGACUGAGACAGGGAAGGGGAUUAUAUAGUGACGUCAUCAACAAGAACCCGAAAAAUCUAAAUAGUGUUUGAUAUUAUAAUAUAACCCUAUUUCAUCUGAGUUUUGUCGAAAAUUUAGUUGAAAUUGUUU